GAUGCUGAGGAAACAUUAUAAAUUACUGCUAAAAUGUGCGCUUGUAGUGCCUUUUGUUUAUCUGCUAGAUUAUUGCGGCAUUCCCGCGCACUUUCUAGAAAUAGAAUUUGAAAAAAACUUUUACUACCCCCUGCAGAACCAAAGUACCAAUUACAAUGGGACAGCGCCGACAACAUUAAAGUUUUUGAACAUACCCGCAUUUAGUGAAACAAAUGAUCCACCGCGCCUUACUAUACUGGUUAAAAGCGCAAUUGGCAAUGCAGACCGACGUGAUGCCAUAAGAAGAACCUGGGGAUAUGAGUCACGCUUCUCCGACGUGCACAUACGGACCGCUUUCCUUCUAGGUGUGUCGCCUAAUUAUAUCAGCGCUGAGACUACGUCGCCGAUAGCAAGGGCGACAACUGAGCAAAACAUUGCAAAGGAAGCCAAGCAGCAUGGUGACAUAGUACGUGCCGAGUUUGUGGAUGCCUACUUUAAUAACACCAUUAAAACUAUGAUGGGCUUGCGCUGGGCCAGUGAACAUUUCAGUAACAGUGACUUUUAUAUGUUUGUAGACGAUGAUUACUACGUGUCCAUCAAGAACGUUUUACGCUUUCUUGGCAGGGUUCGGCGGUUAGGUCAUCAGCACGAUUUGCUUUAUGCCGGCUAUGUGUUCCAGAGUGCGCCCCUACGGCAUAAGUUCAGCAAAUGGUAUGUGUCGCUUCAGGAGUAUCCCUUCGAUAAGUGGCCACCAUAUGUAACGGCAGGUGCUUUUAUUUUGUCCCACGACGCACUUCUCAGAAUGUACGAAGUGGGGCGUUCUGUCCCACUUUUUCGCUUCGAUGAUAUCUAUAUUGGCAUCAUCGCACUCAAGGCCAACAUACCAUUACACCACUGUAAUGAUUUUCACUUCCACCGGCCACACUAUACCGGCCCCGAAAGCUACAGUAGCGUGAUUGCAGCUCACGGAUUUGAUUUUCCUGACGAAAUGGAGCGAGUGUGGAACGAGUGUCGAUCAGCAAACUAUGCGUAGCAGGCCAUCCCCAUGUUUGAGGCUGAUAAUCGUUUUGGCUGUCUGUAAUGUCCUACGUUACUGCAUUGUACAAUGUACAUACAUUCUAGCAGAUCACAUUCUAUGUAAAUAUGUAUACACUAUAAGCACAUGAGCUACUUAUGUAUAUAACAUAACAUGGACUCAUAUGUGUAAAUAGUAUAGGGUUCCUUCAUGUUCUUGACGGAUGCUCAGUGAAUAUUUUUCUUAAAACUAGUUUUGGCACUCGAUAGGUUAAUACUAAUUUCGUUAUAGAAUGAUUGCAGAAACUAAGAAUAAAGAUACAUAUGACAAUGGCUAUGUUAAUGGAAAGAAAUAAGUAGUUAAGAAAUAAGAAUGUAAUGUUAAAGGUCGAACGAGCCCAGCUUCGAAAUACACUGCACCCAU